GACGCACGCGCCCAACCGAAGGUGUACGUGUAGCGAUUUGAGGUGUACAAAAUGCGCGCCCGAGAGACUCCCAGUAUACCGCCAGUGGACGCUGGAGUGGCAGUAGGCCAGGCCCUGCCUCUCACACCCUUUUCCCAUUAAAUUCACAUCAUUCAUCGAUCCAAUCCAAAAAUUAACUCCAACCCAUUUCAACUCAGUUCAUCCCCGCUUCUGGGUCCUCAAUCUCAAGAUUUUUAUGAGCAUUUGAUUCCUCUACUCGAUCUGUUCCAAUUCCCCGCCGGCGCGCCUCUGUCUCGCCUUCUCAUUUAUUGAGGGAGAGUACUUUCAAGCUUGCUUGUUUUUCAACGCUCGAAUAUCAAUCUGUGCUUUUGUUUUCGGGUUGAGUGGGUUCUGGGUUUGUGGGCUUUGGUUAUGAGAGAAUGAAAGCACGGUCGGGAGCCGAAGAGGACCAUGACGCCGGUGCAUGCGACGCAGCUACUACUGUCGCUGCUCGAGUUCAAAAGGGUGAGGAUUCAUUGGGGAUAAUUGAAGAAAGCACUCAUGUUCACCAGUGGAGGCGACAAAACCUCUUCCUAGAGAUACCAUCAAGAACAUUGACAGACUCCUCGCAGGAUUCUGUCAGAAUAAAGAUGCCCCCAACACCAAGUCCUACUCCCAGGAAAGUAAAUUUUCUGUUGACGCCUAGUCCUUCCGAUGCAAGAAUAAGCGGGUCUCCAGGCCCUUCCUCAUCUAAAGGUAAAGCAACGAUAAAGAGUCUCCUACCAAAACUGAGCUUCAAGUAUCGGAAUCCUGCAUCAGAUAUUGAGAAGGCAGCCAACCUAACUCGAGGAACUUCAUCCACAAUUCCACGGGAGAAGCCUUCAAUCUCAAGGUCCUUGUCGCUUACGAAGAUAUUUACCCCUAGGAUGAAGAGAACAUCAUCUCUUCCUGUGACUCCAAUUGGACACUCAAACCCAGAGUCUGUACAUGGAGGAAGUGUAUGCAGUCCUGUGACUGCAGAUAAAAAAGGUGCCCUGCGACCCAUAUCUCGAUCAUUGUCAGUGCCUGUCAACAACAAAGAUAAAAGUUUACGGAGAAUGGAUUCUUUUUUCCGUGUAAUUCCUUCUACCCCUCACGUGAAGGAAGGAGAUGUCAUCAUCUCAAAUAUGUCACCGACAGUGGAUUUUGGAAAUGGUGAUGCUGAUGGUGAAGAUAUACCUGAAGAAGAGGCUGUGUGUAGAAUUUGUUUGGUUGAGUUGGGUGAAGGUGGUGAGACCCUCAAGAUGGAGUGUAGCUGCAAAGGUGAUCUUGCUCUGGCUCACCAAGAAUGUGCUGUAAAAUGGUUUAGCAUCAAAGGUAACAAGAACUGUGACAUAUGCAAGCAAGAGGUUCAGAACCUACCUGUCACUCUAUUACGGAUCCAAAGUGUGCGAACUCGAAAUAACAGAGCAAAUAGAGCUCAACAGACAGAAAUGAAUGGAUACAGGGUUUGGCAAGAAGUGCCAGUUCUCGUCAUUAUCAGCAUGCUGGCCUACUUUUGUUUUCUUGAGCAGCUUCUGGUUGAAAAGAUGGGUACAAGUGCAAUCGCUAUUUCUCUUCCAUUUUCUUGUGUAUUGGGUGUCCUUGCAUCCAUGACAUCUUCAACCAUGGUGAGGAGAAGAUUUGUCUGGGUUUAUGCAUCAAUUCAAUUCGCGUUAGUUGUUCUCUUUGCUCAUAUUUUCUACUCCUUGGUUCAUGUGCAAGCAGUUCUCUCAGUUCUCCUGGCAACAUUUGCGGGGUUUGGUGUUGCCAUGUGUUUUAGUUCUCUUUUGGUUGAGUUUUUGAGAUGGAGAAGGCGACAGAAUGCUCUCUCAGAACAGCACCGCCGUUCCCAGCCGACGACAUGGCCGGGCCAAUCAUCUGAAACUGGGAAUUUGUCCCAUGCAGGCCGAACCCAAAUGGGAAAUCCAGAGCCAUCCCAUGGGAGCUGAGCUGAACUAUAUUUUUCGAUAUUUGAUACUUGAUAGCAUUGGUUCAGAGGAAAUAUUUGAUGAUAUAUCUUGACAUAACAAAGAAUCUUAUAUGUGUUUACCACGAUUGGAUUGCACCAGAUUGGUUGUAACAGGCUUAAGCAUAGUGAUAACUAGAAUGAAGCUGGAGGAGUGUGUAAGGUUGUCAAUAUAUAUAAAAUAUAUUUGAAUGUUUC